UAAAGCUUCUUCAGGGCAACAUAGACGCGCGAUCCCAAGUCACCAUCAAGGAAAUGAAUUCCAAAAAGGGCACCCUCUUAAACGGGGCCCAGAUUCGCGGACAAACAGUUGUGCUCACUGAACCAGUCAAUGAGCUCAUAUUGGGUAAUUGCUCGCACCCGCUUCGGAUCGUAUGGCGUCCCAUUGUUCUCAGCUUCUCUUUUACCAAAAAAGAAAUCGAGGCUGGUUCCUGGCAGGCGCUACGUGACAACCUUGAGCAGCUCGACAUCAAGUACAUAGGUACUUACGAGCAUCUCACCACCCACGUGGUUAGCAAGAAACGCAACACAUCCAAGACGCUUCAGGCACUGGUCAACGGCAAACCCAUCGUAUCCGACAGUUUUAUCACCGCCAUCGUAGAGGCUGCCACAGUGCAUGAUGACGCUGACGAGGGGACGCCCAGUGCAUUGGAGAGCAACUUUGAUGAGGCCUGGCCCAACGCCGCUGACUACCUGCCACCUCGCGGCGAUGAGCCUACCGAACGACCACCAGCCGAUUAUGCACCCGACGAGCGACGACAAGAUGUCUUCGCCGGGUACACAUUUGUCUUCUACAACCAGAAGCAACACGAGAACCUUGCGCCCGUCAUCCAGUGGGGCAAAGGCAAGGCUUUCUUCAAAGAAGUAGUGGAAGGCGUCACCGAAGUGGACGACUUUGUCCGCUACGUCAAAGAGGUUGCCGAUGAAAAGGGGACCGGGUCGUUCGAGGACGGCGGUGACGGGAAAAGAGUCGUUGUUGUGCGACAUGCCCCUGGAAAGGGCGACGACGUUGAAUGGUGGACCAACUUCUACACGAGCUUUGCCAGACAUCUUGACCAUCGGCCUCCUGACCAGAAGGAGUUUCUCGAGGCCAUCCUCGCCUGCGAUGUAUCUUUGCUACGACGCCUCGAAGAAGACACCCAACCUACCUCAACCGCAAAUCCCACUCAAAAGGCCCAGCCUGAGUCGGAGGAUCGCAUGCAAGUCGAUCAACCCGACAACAGAGAAAAUGAAGAGCCUACCCCGGCUCGGCGACGAGCUCGUGCAGGUGGUAGGAGUCGCUUCAAGGGGUUCGAUUUUGAUUCCGAUGACGAUGAAGACGAGUCCAUGGCAGACGUUCCUGCUGCCCCAGCUACAAAGGCAACACAACCAGCCGCGGAUGUGCCAGCAUCGCAAGACAGCCAAAGUCUCUUCGUCUCACAAAGACAAGAACCCGUCGAUGAUGAUUUCUCAGAGCAAGAAUCACGUCCCACCGCCACCACACGCUCUACCCGUAGCCAGAAGCCAACACGUAAACGAGCGCUAUCACCGCUUCCCGAGCACGACGUCUCAGAGUUACUAGACGCCAUCGCACCCACCGCCACGGCCGCCAAAAGAAGGCGCAUCGAGGCCGGACAACCCGCUAUCCCCGAGCCGACUCCCGAACCAGAAGAGCCACCAGCCGUCGACGAUGACAAAGACGCCGACAAAGUAUCCGACUCGCCCAAGGGCAAAGGGAAGAAGGGAGCCAAAGGCAAAGAUAAAAAAGCUAAAAAUGGAGACGGCGACGACCCCAUCAUCGAACUCGCCCGCCAAAAGCGCGAAGAGGCCGAGGCCCUCGCGGCCGCUGAGCGUCAAGCGCUGCUGGACUCGACCGCUGACGAUGAUAUUGACUAUGCUGCCAUCCGCCGCCUCCAUAUCAUCGAAGAAUUUGAGGUGCGGAUGCCGAACCGCGAGGCUCUCGACGAUGAGGAAGAAGAAGAAGACGGCUACGCCGACGCCAGCGGAGGGAGAAGGGGAGGACGCACGCGCGAGCAAGACAUUGCAGACGGCAGGUGGGAUCCGCGCUGGAACGACCGGAAGAACUUUAAGAAGUUCCGUAAGCAGAAGCCGGGUGACAGCGGCGUUGGUAGCGCUGUUGAUGAACAGCCGCGACGUCCCCUUAUCACUUUGGAAGAAGUCAAGCCCAAAGAAUACGGCAUUGGAGAUGAUUACUGGCUUGAAGAUACCGGUAGUAACAGCAGACGCAACAACACGCAGACUCAGACACAGGCACAGGGAGGACGACAGUCGCAGAGUACCCAAGCUCAGACUGCUGCUGCUGCUGGUGGUGGGACAUCACAAAACCCUAACGCCGCCGCCGCCGACAAUAGGUCCCGUGGUCUCCCUACGAGAAGGAUGCUCAUGGCGGUGUUGGAUAGUAGUGAUGAAGAAUGUGACAACGGAAGCACCGUAAUCCCAGAAGACGCACCACCACCAUACACAGCAACAGCGGCACCGGAACCUCCGCGGUCGCGAGCAGCCAAAACAGCUGAGAGGGCAUCGGCUGCCAGGAGAACGCAGCAGACGACGACGACGGCGGUGGGCACAACACAAUCCGAGGCAUCAUCUGGAUCGGCUGGGACUGGUGCGGGUAGCAAGCAUGGUGCUCCGGCGAGUGGGAGGAGCAGCGGACAGCCGGCGGCGAAGAGGGCGAGGACGGCGGGAAGCGGGAGGGGGUUCGUGGUUAAGGAUAGUGAAGAGGAUAGUGAUGAGAGCGAUGAUGGGUUGAAGUUUAGGUUUGGUAGGAGGAAGUAGGUCUAGGAUGUUGUGGUGCUUACUGGGUUUGGCUGCAGAUGUAUAUAUAGACUGGAAUUGCAAAGGUUGUUAGAGGGCAAAGAUGAAAAUUUGCGAGGGACUGUUAUAAUGGCCACUUUUGAAAUGUUUUUGUUAUAAUGCAAUGUCCCCGGAGAUUAAUCAUGUUACGAUAUGUGUCGAACAUGACAUCUACUUCAAGUUCACGAGUUCCUUGAAAUCAUCGAAAGAGUGGCCAUCGGA